UUACUACCUUCAGGGAAGGUGGUUAAGACUGGGCAAAACAGUGAGGAAACCUGGGAUAUCCCAAUAUGUUCCAGUACUUCAAUUUUUGAUACCUUGGUCCGGGAACCGAGGGCUACCACCACAUUCCCGGGCAAUAAGGCUCCCAGGGCAGUUCCUAAGUCUGUUCCUUCUUAUCUACAUCCUAGAAGUCAUAGGCCUCACCAGGGUGUGGAUGUCUUGUGCUCUGAUGGAUCUACUGUGUAUGCACCUUUCACUGGAAUGAUUAUGGGCCAGGAGAAACCUUAUAAAAACAAAAAUGCCAUCAAUAACGGUGUUCGGAUAACUGGAAGAGGUUUCUGUAUUAAAAUGUUCUACAUUAAACCAGUUAAACAUAAAGGUGCUAUCAAGAAGGGAGAAAAACUGGGAACUCUAUUGCCCUUGCAGAAAGUUUACCCAGGUGUACAAUCCCAUGUACACAUUGAAAACUGUGACUUGAGUGAUCCCACCAUGUACCUAUAAAUGGAAGACAAAUGACUAGAUCUUCUAGGUAGAAAGCCAUCAUCAUAAAACCUAAAUGCAUAUCCUGCUUUUCAAGAAAUUUGUGUUCAAAUGGAAACAUGAUACAUGCAAAGAAGAAAAGAGUAUUUUGACUUUAACCCACUGCUACUUUCAUGUUUUUACAUGUCAACGAAUUUCACAGAGAUCUCUGAUAUUUCUGUAAACUAUGAUAUCUGGGGUGCUGGCUUU